AUGGUUGUAUCAAACAAUGGAAUUCCUCCUCUAUCCAUAGCGGAUUAUUCAGUCAGCUCCUUUCUCUUCGAGUCAGAUGUUUCUGAGGGCGACCAAUAUCUAGCCAUGGCUAUGGAGGACACCUUCGUAGUGGCCGACUGUGAAAUGUUUCCUUUCGGGGAGGAGCUCAUUGGCCAUAAUUUAUUUGAAAUCAUUCCUUUCGAAGAGGAGCAGAUAAAUGAUUAUGAAGCAGAGAGUUCCCUUACUGUAGAUGAUAUUUUCACACCUGAAGGACAACUUCAUGAUGAGAUGCUACCAAAUGAGGAUAUCUUGUUCUCUGAACAAAUACCGAAUUUCGAAGGAGCUCAGCCGAUAAGAAUAUGCGCUCAUGGUGGCUUCAAUCACGAGGUUCGCCAGGGCGAGAAAAAGGAGGAGAUGGAAUUAGUUCAACUUCUUUUAGCCUCUGGAAGAAUGAUAGGCGACGGGAAAUAUGAUCAGGCUGAUCGACUAGUGAGCAAAUGCAAGAGUUUGUCUCGUCAGUUGGGGAGUCCCACACAGAGGCUCGCGUAUUAUAUCUCUGGCGCCCUGCAGGAUAGAAUCCAUCGCCAGACUCAUGGCAUGUUAAACAACGCAGCUAAACCAGUCUCAGAUUUUGCUUUCAAUAUUGAGGGUGAAUUUGACCAAAAUGAAUUAUGUAGUCUCGUUGCUUACUUUACUACAGUUCUACCCUAUACCAAACUGCUGCAGUUCACGUCUGUGCAGGCAAUCAUAGACACCGUGGGGGAUGAAAGGAAAAUUCAUAUAAUUGAUCUUGGGAUGCGAAGUGGGUCGCAUUGGACAGUAUUGAUGGAGUAUCUUGCACACAGAGUUGUUUCUUCUUCUUUCGCAGCGCUUGAGCUUCUCAGGAUAACAGCAGUUGGCAUGAAUGGCCAAGAGCUUAAAAAAAGUCGAAGAAGACUUCAUGAGCUCGCCAAAUCUUUGGGGAUUCCGUUUACCUAUAGCAUUGUAGAGAUCCCAAACAUAGAGGAGAUUAAGCAUGGUUUAUUCACCGUUAAAUCUGGUGAGGCUUUGGCAGUUUACUCUUCAUUUAUUUUGAGAAGUCUGUUAUACGACCCGGUCGUUCUCGCCAAUCUGUUAAUAGUUAUCAAUAAACUGAGGCCUCGGAUAAUGGUGAACGUUGAGGUUGAAGCACAGCAUAAUUCUCCAUGUUUUGUGAAUAGAUUGAGCGAGGUGCUUUUCCAUUACAUGGCGUAUUUUGAUCUUUUGGAUGUUACCUUAACAGACAGAAAUGAUAUUAAGAGGCUGAAGCAUGAAGAAUUAAUUACUGGAAGUCAGAUAAGGAAUAUGAUAGUCUAUGAGGGUAAGGAGAGAAGUGUUAGGCAUGUUAGAAGUGACGUGUGGAGGUGUUUGUUCAAACAAGCAGGGUUCAGGGAAAAGAGCUUCAGCUUUCAAGCUAUGUAUCAGGCUAGGUUGUUAUUAGAAGAAUAUGCUUCUGGAGAAUAUUAUACUCUGAAGCUUGAUGGACAUGCCAUAAUUGUAAGGUGGAAAGGAACACCGUUUUUUUCACUGUCGGCAUGGACUGGUACAAAGUAA